AUGUCAAAAGUUCAUAAUUUUGACGAGAAACCUGAUAAUAUAUGUCUUUUUUAUAUAAAAGUGAAAUCAUGUUAUGAUUUAAAUCAAGAUUUUGAUAUUUCUUUUGAAUGUCAACAAGAAACAGUAUUAAAACUAUUAUUAAAUUUUACAAAUGAAAAUUUUUGUUAUGUAUCAGCAUAUCCUGAAAAAUAUCUAUCCUGGAAAAAUAAUAAAUUUUUAUUAAAUUGGAAUGAAAAUUUUCUCAUUAUUGAAAUUCAAAAUUUUCGUGGUUCAUUUGAAUGUAGAAUUAAUAAAAUACCUAUAUUUAAUAUAUUUAUAAGAUCAUACCAAAAUAUUAAAGGAGUUAAAAUAAAUGGUAAUGUUAAAAUUAAAGAAGCAUUUCUUGUAAAUAAAGAUAUUACUCAUCCAUAUAAUGCAAUAAAAAUUUAA